AUGUCGAUGAGGAGUCUGCUGGUGCUCGCUCUGCUGGUCGUGGCCGCGGCGGCGCUCACUGCACCGCGUGGCGCGUACGGUGCCGGCGAGUGCGGGUCGACGCCGGCGGACAGGAUGGCGCUGAAGCUGGCGCCGUGCGCGUCGGCGGGGCAGGACCCCAAUUCGGCGCCGUCCAGCAAGUGCUGCACGGCGGUGCACACCAUCGGGAAGCAGAGCCCCAAGUGCCUCUGCGCCGUCAUGCUCUCCAGCACCGCCAAGAGCGCCGGCAUCAAGCCGGAGGACGCCAUCACCAUCCCCAAGCGCUGCAACCUCGUCGAUCGCCCGGUCGGCUACAAGUGCGGAGCCUACACUCUGCCGUGAGCUUUGAGGCCACUUCAUGCCACUGGAGCCGUGUGAGGUCAAGUGUGGAUGCAGCUGAGCUGAGUGUUGUUCAUCACACACCAAUAAAAUGAGUUCCAUGAUGUGGGACUCUCUGAUUUAGAGGUGUACUACCUCUUUGGAGAAUAAUAUGUGUGUGUACUCUGUAUGUUGUAGUGUACUACUUGUUAUCUCGAGAGUUGCACCUGAAAUGUGAUCCAGAAUCUCAGAUAAUAAUGAAAUUUACUUUUGAAACAAA